AUGCCACCCCCUGACGGCAUGAUGCCGCCGUUCGACAACCAGCCACCAAUGGGAGAAAACCCUGGAUCGGAUAUGCCACCUCGAGACGGUAAGAUGCCACCCCCUGACGGCAUGAUGCCUCCGUUUGACAACCAGCCACCAAUGGGAGAUAACCCUGGAUCGGAUAUGCCACCUCGAGACGGUAGGAUGCCACCCUCUGACGGCAUGAUGCCUCCGUUUGACAACCAGCCACCUAAUGGCGACAUGAUGCCCCCAUUUAACAACCAGCCACCAAUGGGAGAUAACCCUGGAUCGGAUAUGCCACCUCGAGACGGUAUGAUGCCACCCCCUGGCGGCAUGAUGCCCCCAUUUAACAACCAGCCACCAAUGGGAGGAAACCCUGGAUCGGAUAUGCCACCUCGAGACGGUAGGAUGCCACCCCCUGACGGCAUGAUGCCUCCGUUUGACAACCAGCCACCUAAUGGCGACAUGAUGCCCCCAUUUAACAACCAGCCACCAAUGGGAGAUAACCCUGGAUCGGAUAUGCCACCUCGAGACGGUAGGAUGCCACCCCCUGACGGCAUGAUGCCUCCGUUUGACAACCAGCCACCUAAUGGCGACAUGAUGCCCCCAUUUAACAACCAGCCACCAAUGGGAGAUAACCCUGGAUCGGAUAUGCCACCUCGAGACGGUAUGAUGUCACCCCCUGGCGGCCUGAUGCCCCCAUUUAACAACCAGCCACCAAUGGGAGGAAACCCUGGAUCGGAUAUGCCACCUCGAGACGGUAGGAUGCCACCCCUUGACGGCAUGAUGCCUCCGUUUGACAACCAGCCACCUAAUGGCGACAUGAUGCCCCCAUUUAACAACCAGCCACCAAUGGGAGAUAACCCUGGAUCGGAUAUGCCACCUCGAGACGGUAGGAUGCCACCCUCUGGCGGCAUGAUGCCCCCAUUUAACAACCAGCCACCAAUGGGAGGAAACCCUGGAUCAGAUAUGGCACCUCAGGACGCCACCUAA